GGAAGGAUAUGUCGUGUUUAAGCAGCUGAUUUUGUUCGUUCUCUCACUAACUCCGGCCUUCAUCGACUUCGUGGAGCUGUUGGAAGACCUUGACGCCUUCACAGCUCGGCCAUGGCUGGGACCGAGCAGGGCUCUUGGAAUGAAAAUAUAUUGGAUUAUUUUAUGAACACUAAGCAAAUUAAAACAAGAGAUGGAGCUGAAAUCCUGUGGUAUCAUGCAGCAAACAGUAAAUUGCAAAUGACAGAGGCAAUACAAAGUGCAGCUCAUAUGAUAGAGGCAGAUGUCCUUCUUUGUGGAGGAGAUGGAAGUGGCGAACCAAUCAUGGCUCACCCACCUGAAACCCACAGUGAUAAUACUUUGAAGGAGUGGAUUAAUGAGGUUAAAACUAGUAACAAGGGUAUCAAGCUUGAUUUUAAAAGCCUAGCAUCUGUGAAUCCUUCAAUGAAGCUUCUUGGGGAUGUAACACUGAGGAAACCUGUUUGGAUUAAUGCAGACAUUCUUCCUGGACCAAAUGGAAGUAACUGUGCAGUAAAUGCAAAGGGUUUUUUAGACAUGGUGACAUCAUUUUUUCCAAAUGUAACCUUAUCACUGGGAUGGACAACUGGGUGGAUUAAUCAAAAAUGCAAUAGAGGGUACAGUUCAGCAAUGAUGCAAGAGAUGACAGAUAUUUGUAGAGAUCUUACUCAGCCAGUAACAUUCCCUGUAAGAGCUGCUUUGGUGCGCCAGUCAAUAUCGGAACUUCAGUGGUUGUUACAACAAUCAGACAGAUAUACCUUGACCAUUUGGACCGGAAAAUGUGAUGAAUAUUCAGUAGAAGAUCUACUUUUCAUCAGAAACUGCUUUGAUAAAACUAGAAUUUUUUAUGAUAUCUUAGAACCACAAAAGUCUGAAUUCAGAAAGGCCAUAGGAUUGGAAGUUCCAUCGUGAAGAAAACUGAUUUUCUAUUUAAUGGUGAUUACCUGUGGCAUCAUAUCAUUGCCUAUGGAAAAGAGACUCAUGCUCAAUCCCAAUUUUUUUGUCUGUUGCUGCUGUAAUUUAUCUUGCCGCUGCUGCUCCUUCCUGGUUAUGUUUGUACACUUUGCUAGAGAUGGUCUUCUAUCUUGAUCAAAAAUCCAGAGUAGUUAGCCGUGUUAGUCUGUUGUUGCAAAAUAGCUCUCUGAUAAAGAAAGCUGUGGUUCUCGAAAGCUUAUGCUACAAUAAAGUUGGUUAGUCUUAAAGGUGCUAAUGGACUCUUAUCUUGAUCAAAUGUUGCAUCUUUGACAGUGACCAACAUUGAAUAUAGAAAUAACAUGGCACUUAGAAAUCUUUUUAGAAUCUUAGAAAUAGCUUCCAGCUUUUUAAGUCACGUCUUAGAAUGAGAGCCUGAUUUUUAUGUACAAAGUUUGUGAAGAGUAGGAAGUUUUCAGGUUCUUUCGAGUCCUAUGAUUUUGUACUAAUCUAUUUUAGCAAAUAGCUUUUACUGAGAAUGUUGAGUAGUAAAGAGUCCAGUAGUACCUUUAAGACUAACCAACGAAGAGAACUGUGGUUCUCGAAAGCUUAUGCUUCAGUAAAGUUGGUUAAUCUUAAAGGUCCUACUGAACUCUUUACUGUUUUGCUACUUCAGACUAUCAUGGCUAACUCCUCUGGACUGAGAAUGUUAUAAAUGUAAAUGAUCCAGUUCACUCUUACCUUCUUGCCUGACUUUGCCCUCUUCCUUUGUUUAGGAAGAGGGCCGAUGGCAAAUAGGCUGAAGAAAUAGUCUACUUUGGUUUCCAGAAGGUACAUAAUUUUGUCUUCUCCAAUGCAUCUGGCACUGCUUUCAUAAAAGAAUAUAUACACAUCUAUAUGCCAUCUCUGCCAUCCUUGGACUGUAAAAAACACUGUGUGAUAUCUUUUAUUUGUCACUUUGUGUCAUGAUAACAACUUUCUGGGAUGAGUACCACUAUCUAUUCCAAAAUACAAAGGAGCCAAUGUGGUGAAUUUGUUAUGAUUGUCUGACUAGGACUGGAGAGAGCUGGUUCAAAUUUCCAUUCUGCCUUGGGCCAGUCUCCCUGUGUCUCUAAUUAGCAUACCUCACAGGAUUGUUAUAAGGAUUUUUAUUUGAGGAUAAUUAACAGUUUGCAAAGCAAACCAAACAAUUUAUGUUUUGUAUGAAUUGAAUAAAACAUCUUUAAAGAGGAAUUGCAUAAAAUGUCUUUAAAAAGAUAUGAAACAUUCGGAGCAGAAGUACUCAAUCAUUUUUAUACUUUACAAACAAUACAGCUGAACAGUAUAAUUUAAAAUUUAGGUCCAACCCCUUUGUUUACAUAAAGGUAGCAAAUACAAAUAUCCAGCAUUUAUUAAAAAUAUAGUGUUCCUUUACCUAAAUGUUAACUUUAUUUUCUCACACAGGUAUUUGUAAUCACAGAUGAUUUUUGAAAACUGAUGUAUUUAAACUUUAACAACUUUCCAAAAAACUCUCUCAUAGAACUCCCAUAUAAAACUUUCAUUUAUUACUUUAAUUGUGUUGUGUUUGGAGACUGAAAAUUUUUA